AUGAAACAUAUGAAAAUGAAGAACCUAAUUAUCUCAACCCUGGUAAUCGGAGUUUACUUGUUCUUCAUUUUCCAAGCUCCAAAAGUGGAGGCAUGGGGGGAAAAGUAUCAGGUUCAGAUAAGGAAUGACAUCGACGAUUCACUUCCGUUGGGGUUGCAGUGCCAUUCCUCGGAUGAUGACCUUGGUUCCCAUACGCUGUAUAAAGGAGGAGUUUUCAAGUUCCACUUCGGAUUGAAUUAUUUCCAUACCACCAAGUUCGUGUGCCUCGCCCAGUGGAGCGGAUUGAAGGCCAGCAUCUACGUUUUCAACCGCCACUUGGCCGAGAAGCAUUGCGGCGACGAUCGUGGCCGGAACUGUUUCUGGGCAAUGAGAAACAGGAAUACAAAGAUGUUCAUACCCGGCUUGUUGAUGCGGUUUUAUCAGGUAGAGCAUGUUGUUGACUCCAAGUCGGAGGUGGAUAAGGCUGUGAUGUGGCUAUAUCAUCUGGAAGAAGAAAUUGGGCAGAUCAAAGUACUGAUUGCGAAUUUAGAUGGGAAUACCAGUAACGAUGAGAGAGUUCAAAACAUUCCUGAUGAGAGGUUGACGCCUUUUGUGUCACGGGGUACUACCACAAAAUUUCAGGAAGUUAUGGUUGGCCUCAAUGAUCAGAAAGCGGAGAUAGUCGAUCGACUUACUAGAGGUGCACUGCGGCGAAAUGUUGUAUCGAUUGUUGGAAUGCCAGGAAUUGGGAAGACCACUUUGGCCAGGAAUGUGUUCAGCAGUCCUAGUGUUUUGUAUCAUUUCCAUGUCCUUUCGCCCGAUCUUUACUCUUCUUUGCCACUACCGACAUGUACCCUAGAUGCCCCUAUGAUGUCUCCUUCAUUCCUUCCAAAUUCCAAUUACGAACGUCUUAGGGUGUUGGAUUUGGAAUCCAUUAAUAUGGGUAGCUCUCUGGCAGAUGGAAUAGAAUCGCUCGUUGAAUUGAGGUUCUUGGCAGUUUCUGGCGAUAUGGAGUCUAUUCCACCAUCUUUGGCCAACCUUGAGAAUUUGCAAACUUUCAUUUUGAAGGGUUUGAAGGGGAAGGUGGUUCUACCAGAUACCAUUUGGACAAUGAAAAAGUUGAGGCAUAUUCAUUUCAGUAAUUUUCAUAUCUUCACUUUGCCACUGGACGGAAGGUCCUGUCAGUUUGAUAGAUUGGAAACACUUUCAUUUCCAUGUUUUAAAUGUGGACCAGCAAUGCAUAACAUGAGACAGAUGUUUCCCCAUCUUCGGAAGUUAAAAUGCGUGUUUUUGAGGCCAACAACAUAUGUCUUCGAAUCCUCUCAGACUCAGUUUCCUGUUCUAGAUUUCCUAAACAAGUUGCAGUCUCUCAAAGUAAUCUACUACGGCAAGGUCCUGAAACUGAUUUCUAGAGCAUUUGAAGGGUCAAGUUGGGACAUGGUAGAAAGGGAGUUUGUCAAUCUUAAGUACUUGAAAUUGGAUACCCUAAACAUUGUCCACUGGAACGCGUCCGAUGAUCACUUGCCCAAACUUCAGCAGCUUGUCAUGCGACAUUGCAAGGAGCUUGAGGAGAUUCCUCUUGACUUCGCAAACAUCUCAACACUGCAGAAAAUCGAGGAUCAAUCAAUGUUGAUGAUGAUGAUGAAAGGUUUGGCAUUUUGGGUCCUUUUCGCUGCGGCGGCGGCGGCGGUUUUGAGUGGCAGAGUGAUGAGUAUGAAGCGUCUGGUCGUCGGAGAUAAGCUUGGCUGGACGGAUGAUGUCAGAGUUAACUACACCGAAUGGGCUGCUCAGUAUCAGUUCUUCGUCGGAGAUUGGCUCUAUUUCAGAUUCGAUAAGUACAGGUACAACGUACUGGAAGUGAAUCAGAGCAGCUACGAGAAAUGCUAUGAUCAGGAGUUCAUGAAGAACUUAACCAGAGGUGGCAGAGAUGUUUACGAGCUGAAGGAGGCCAGAGCUUAUUAUUUUCUCAGCAGCGGCGGAUAUUGCUACCAUGGCUUGAAGCUGGCUAUCAAUGUUACUAUUCCUCCUCCUCCGCCACCCGCCCCCGCUUCCAAUGGCGCCGCCGCCGGAAUGAAAACUGGCAGCCGGGUUGUUCUUCUUCAGGCCUUAGUUGCUGGAAUUGAGGCUCUGUUUUGGUUUCUUGGACUAGUAAUAUAGAGACUUAAUUAAGCACUGAAUUAAUUCUGCAAAUGUAUAAAUUUGCAGUACUAUAUAUCAGUAUAUUAUUUACUCUGUUCUGUAUCAAUCGUGGUGAAUGGUGAUAGCCUCUUAGUGAAUCUAUUGUAUCGAACUCGGAAC